UCCUGGAUCAGCGCAUUCGGAUCCGACCUCAAACACCUCGAUCCGAGUCACCAAAAGCCCGAAUUUCCAUCAGACAUUCAUCUGUGCGCUCGUCAGUCUUCCCAGGUUCAAUGGCUGCUCGGCUGCUCUCCCAACGCCAUUCAUCUUAUCCUGCACCCAAUACACCACCAUCAUCAUUCACUCUUCGCUUAUGGCAAUGAUCAUCAUCAUCGCCACCCGCGCCUGAAACAUCUUCCCGUGUCUCCAUCCUCCAUGUCCCAAAGGCCAUGCGGCGCUCUAAGCCCCCCUCGUUUGCCAAAAUGUAAAGUCCCUAUAGUCAUAACAACAAUAACAAACGAACAUUGAACCUAAAAAGAAAUACAGGAGUCCCGCAGCGAAAUGCUAACACAACGGUUUUUCUUUGUUGUUGUCAACCUAACCUUGAUUCCUACAAGACAGUGUCCUCUAUCAAACAACACAUUUUUUUCAAAUUUGGUUUUAUAAAAUAAUAUAACCUAUAUAUUGAGUCAGAAUGGUUGUGGAUGCAGCAACAAGACCACCCUCUAGCAAGAUGCAGCCUGCGGGUAUGAAUCCCAGGGAGCUGUCUGAGAAUGAUGACCUGGCCACCUCUCUGGUCCUUGACCCCCAUCUGGGUUUUAUGACUCACAAAAUGAAUAUCCGCAGCAGGCCUUUGCGAUUAAACAAUUCUGAGUUGAAAAGCAUUGUGUCAGAGUUCAUACGCACUCAGAAUUAUGAGAAGGCCUAUAGUAGGAUAUCAAAGGGAGAUUGGAUGUCUAGGCCCAAGGCUAAAAAUCAGCAGAAGCGACUUGAAGAACAUGUGUACCGAUACUUGAGAGUGUUUGAUACAGAAUCCGGUUUCGUAAUAGAACCGUGCUACCGUUACUCACUGGAAGGACAGAAGGGCGCGAAAAUCUCGUCAACGAAGAAAUGGAACAAGCACGACAAGAUCGAGUGUCUGGUUGGUUGCAUAGCCGAGUUAACGGAAGAGGAGGAGAAGAUGCUCCUGCAUCCUGGCAAAAACGACUUCUCUGUGAUGUAUAGCUGCAGAAAGAACUGCGCGCAACUGUGGCUGGGGCCAGCAGCGUAUAUCAACCAUGACUGUCGAGCCAACUGCAAGUUUGUCGCGACAGGCAGAGACACGGCCUGCGUGAAGGUGUUGCGGGACAUCGAGGUUGGCGAAGAGAUCACCUGUUUUUAUGGCGAAGACUUUUUCGGCGACAAGAACUGUUAUUGCGAGUGCGAGACAUGCGAACGCCGGGCAACUGGUGCUUUCGCUAACCGCUCAGAAAAGAAGGAGGAGAACGGGUACAGACUGCGUGAAACUGACAACCGCAUCAACCGGACGAAGCAGAAGUUACAGGUAGGAAAGACUCCAUUGGAGGGAUGUACCAUCGUCGGGGUGCAACAGGAAGAGGACAGCGGCAAAAUUGUAGCGCCUCUGAGUAUUAAGGAGUUGCGACAGAAAGGCAUGACACGAUAUGAUGCGGAGAUGCUGAUUGCGCAGGGAUGCAAAUUCUCUGACAUCGGGGACUUCCCGCGACGUAAUCAUCGGAACUCCUCGUCCUCUUCUAGCGGAAUGGGAGGAGCACCCAACGAGCCGCCGGUACGACUCUCCGAUAAACACGGGAAGCAGCAUCAGCAGAAGAACAACAAUAGUGGUGGCGGUGUUAUUGUGCACGGUGUUAAUAUGAACAACAAUAACAACAGUACGAACGGUAGUUGUAGCAAUAACGAUACUAGUGUUGGUGUUAAUAACAGUAGUAAUAGUAAUAAUAGUAGUAGUAAUAGCAUGAGCACAAGGGCAUCUCGACUGCAGCGUCGACAGGCGAGGCAGGCCAACCAGGAGCUGAUGCAGAUUGCAAACCAGAGUAUCUCCAGAUCAAAUCUUCUGGAUGAUAUGCAAAGUAACGCAAGCAGUACAAGCGCCAGUUACAGUGAUCACGACCCCGUCUGUGAUGCCACCCAGCAGAACAGGAAUUUCAACGACUGCCACGAGAGCGGGAAAGGAGUGCCACCCAACAUCACCUCGAAUCCUGCCAGCAUAGCCAAUUCAGAUUCCAUAACGUAUGGUAGUAGCAGAUCACUCCGGAGUAAUAACAAAGUCUGUGGAGAUCAGAGCGAGUCGCUACCGAUGAUGACUAAAAUCAUUCCGGACGCGGAAGCGGCAAUGAUGAUGAUGCCUACACUGGACAUGCAGAUCGACUGCAACGCGAACGGCAACGAUUACGUCAUCGGCAGCAGUGAAAUGAAAGCCAAGAAACGGAAGGAAUUGCCGGUGAGAACGUCGUCGCGGCUGCUGCGCCGCACCUCCACAACAACCACCAUCAACACUGCCAAGCCGGAGUGCACAGACAAUGAUGCGACAACCGCAAACAGUAUAUUUAGUGAACAUGUGAUAACAAGUGAUUUAACGGACGGUUUAGAUACGAGAAACAAGGCUGACGAGAACGACCACUCAACUGCCACGGACAAAGAUAGGAAAACGCCGUCGCCGCCAUCACAACCGUCGUUGCCACACGUCCAGCAGCAACAGCACCAUCAGCAGGAUAAGACGCCAGAGAAAUGCGGCAGGUUGAAAUUGACAUUGCGAAUGAAACGAAGUCCGGUGCUAGACGAAGUCAUCGAGUCAGGGAAUAGCCUCAACGAGGACAAAUACAAGACCGAGUAUGAGGUGCUGCGCGUGGAAGGAGUGGACAGCAGUCACUACGGCACUCCCUACUCGCACCGAAAGAAGCGGCACAAAUCGAAGGAUAGGAAACGAGAGAGGCGGCUGAAAAACGUCGAAGACGCCGCUCUCUUCCACGCGCAUCCGCCAAUGAAACGGCUGCGUCUCAUCUUCGGUAAUGAGAGUCACACCAUCGACAUACCGUCCACUAGCAGCAAUUGAAUAACAGACGAACAAACGAUUGCUCCUCGCUUCUACACUAACUCUGUUUUAUAAACAACACGCGGCUGCGAAUUGUAUAUUAGGCAAUUCGCAGCCGCAUGUUGCCAGGAUUGGAUAUAAAAAGCAGAAAACUUAGGAUAAUACUUGUUUUUUGUGUGUAUUUUCCUCUCGCUCAUUCACUUUUCCCUUUUGUCAAACAGGGAGCCGAGUACGCAUAUAUAUGCGUAUGAUGGGUGAGCUCCUUUUUAAAUGAAAAAAAAUAAAUAUAAUAAUGAUUGUAACGAAUCGGAUCUAUUUUACAAUAGACAGAUGCUUAAACAUUGUAAUAAUUUGUACAUAGAUAAAAUAAUAAUUAUACAUAUAUAUAGAUUCGAUCCUUCCUCAUUUCUAAAUUUGUAUUUCGAAUUGUUUUACUAAUUUAUUAUUUCGACGCGCGAAAAGGCAUAAGCAACAUGUAUUAUUACUAUCGUCAUCAUAAUUAUAACUAAUGAUUAUCUUUCGUAUUAUUUGAAUGCUGUUUUAUUUAAUAUCCAUAAACUAAGGACAUAUUUACACAUGUAUCUAAUACCUCAAAAUAUUGAAAGAAAACCACAUUUUGUAUUAUA